AUGUCUACCGCCAGCAUUGAGGACGACGACCAUCAGGCUGUCAUUGAUGACGAAGACGAGGAUGAAGACCUAGAGAAAUACCAACCUUUUACCGUUGAUGAUUUCCCAAGGGUUAGUAGUGAGUUUGAUGAGCAAUCUGAUGCUGUGUUCCAAAAUCCUGAUAUUCAACUUCGAGGCCCUUCGGCAACGUUUCUUUUCCGGGCAUUCAACAAUCCCCUUGUUGAAAAACACAAGCAUUUCUUCGGUAGCCAAUAUCAACUCUAUGAUGAGUCUGAAGUCAACGUGAACAACAAUGUUAGGGCCAUUGAUUGCUCACACGGUUGCCAUUGUGUACCGAGCGGCGUGCUGCAGUUCAUUGAUCUCAAAACUGCUGGUUAUCGCCACGUCCAACCUGGAUGUGCCAAUAUAUUUGGUUUUUUCGCAGUACGUGAGAAUGGUGAACCUUUGCGCAACUAUGUGUACAGGCGUGGGAUUGACAAUUAUGAAGCUGUAAAUGUGAAGCGGGAUACGGGCAUUGCACAUUUAUCGCUGACUAGCCCUGCUCGAUGUAUUCACAUGGGAAGCCGUGUGUUGUUUGAAUUCAAGCUUUCUGUACGGACUGAUGACCAGCCAGAAGAUGGGCCAAAAGAUGACCUUCUGAUUGAAGGAUGUACCGAGUUUACUGAGUUUAUGAACAUGCACAAAACAAGACCAUUCAUCGAAACUCGGCGUCUGUAUGGGGAAAAGUGUGGAUUGGAUAUGAAGUUUCUGGUGUUGUGGAAUGCAGUUCAAGCAAAAGUUGAUGUUGAGAUACUUCAUGCUCCUGUCAAUGGCCUUAAUCUGAAUCUUUAUGCGAAGACGAGUGGCUUCAGAGAUGUGAUCCGCCUCCUUUCUGGAGUUACAGAAUCAGGUUGCAGAAUGAGUUCGGUCGUAGGAGUGAUGAGAUACAGUUACCUUAUUCUUUGUAUCGAAGGAUCCCCGAAAGAUGGUGGUUUUUCUCAAGAGCUGCCGUGUUGUAUGUGGGAAGGUCGAUUUGGUUCGGGGUAUCAUGGAACAGUGCAUGAAAUGGUGUAUCUUCAUGAUUCCACAAAAAUUUCUGUCAAGGUUACCUGGAAGGCUGUUGAGAGUUUACAUGACUUGGAACACUGA